AUGGCAGACAAUGGCAGUGAUGGUCGCAAGCUCUACGACGCAAUCACGGAGAUAAUCGAGGGACUGGCGGACUUCCUCCAAGCAUUCUAUGUCGACUUUCCGGACUGUGAUCGAGAGGAUGACAAGCCACUCCGAAAACCACGUCGUUACAUCUUCCCUACUGGCAGCUUCGCGAUCGGCCUAUGGCGGCCAGGCGAUGAUAUUCGACUCAUCUACAUGCACGACGGCGCUCCUAAACACUUCUGGGACAGCAUCAAGGAGCUAUUCGAUCAGGACGAUUACAAGCCUGCCAUGCGAGGAGAAGAGAUCUGGAUCCCGUGGCAAAAGCUCGGCUUCAAAGGCCGAAUCAUUACGAAUAUGAAGGAUAGUAGACUGUACACGGGGCGUUGCCACUUCCCGGAGAGCUUCAACCUCGACAUGAUCACGCCUCAGCCAGGCGUCACACCACAUAUGCCACCUUUCGAGGGUGAGGUAUCGCCUCAUAUCCGACAGUAUCACCAGAUGAUUGCGGACGUCCUCUCAUUCCUCGAGAUCCUCGAUCGAAACAAAGAAGAAAUUGACGCAUACAGUGGAUGUCUCUUGAGUGGCUACGCCACUGUCUAUGCAUGGGCUACGUUCAUGGGCCUGGUGAGUCGUGAGCUGGGGCCGCUCAACAGCAACGAAAUCAUGUCCAUGGUGCAUAGUUCGUUCCGGGGCUGGCAUCUGUCGCGUUUAGCUGGAGAGUCCGACUAUGAGUAUCUGGAUGCUUUCUUUUUGCUUGCGCACAAGCUAUUACCCGGACUCGCGUCUGGCCCACCAAGUCCUUAUGGAGCGCGCGCUAUCCUGCAGUCUUUGGAGUACACUCGUAAGGCCUGCUCGAAUAACGAAGGCAAGAUCAAUAUGCGCUGGCUGCAGACCACUCCGUUCACCGGCUGGACUGCCUUCCAAUCAUUAGCGCCGCAUCGUUUCGUAAUUACCGCAGAAUGCUGGGAUCAGAAGACCCGCAGAAAAUUCUUCGAGGAAGACUUGCAGGUCAUAUUACAUCAGACACUGCGUUUCAUCGAACGUUGCGAACCGCGAAUCUGGCCUUACCCGCGAAAAGAAGGUUCCUGCUGGUCGUACAUAAUCUCGACACAGACUGAGAUGCCUCAAGAUCAUCUGGAGAAGAUGCAAAACUCAAUUGCCGCCGCCACUCACGCAUUGAGUGCUCUCCUCACCCUGUCGAAGUCUGAUAAAGAUAAGGCAGACCAAAUGUUCCGGCCUCGAGAUAUGAGCGGGACUACUUCGACCACCGUGUCCCUGCCACCCCAAGCUACCAACUCUAGUGGAGACGAAGGCGUUAGCGAAGCUUACGACUCACAAGACAACGCAUCCGACUCACCAGGCACGAAGGAGCGCAAGAAACGACGAAACAAGAACAAAAAUGCCAAUCGCAAGAAGAACAAGAAGUUCCGGAAUGCUGAUGCUGCUAUUUCGCGCUUGCGACAUGAUCCUGGUCUGAGUGGCGUGGCGUUCGAAGUUGGAUAUGAAGACAGGCAUGAGGGGCUGAAGUGGAUGGCGUUGGAGGAUUGGGGAGGCAAGGCUACGGAGGAUGAGAACUUUAUUCCGCAGCACCGUGUCAGGCAGUUGAAGCGGGCGGAUGAUGGGGUGAUUGUCUGGGAUCGAGAGGAGAGGAUUGAUUUGCUCGGUGGAUAG